GAAAUAAUAAUAGGUCCGUUGUGCAUGCACCUCAUGUAAACAAAAGGCUGAAGAGCAUCUUUGGAGGAGCUCGGCUCUGCGCACAGAUGGCGGCCCCAGUUAGCCAGAAGGAAUACCUUAAACGUUACCUGAGUGGUGGUGAUGAUGACAAAAAGAAAAAGAAAAAGAAAAAGAAGGACAAAAGUGCAACAUCUAGUAAAGGAAUGAGGAUCAUUGAAGAUAAUUUUGGCUUAGACAAUGUUCCCUAUGGCUACACUGAAGAGGAUGAUAACCCUACAAUUGCAGAAGUGACAUAUGAAGAUGUUAAGAUAAAGCACAUGGAGGAAUUUGAGAAAAAUAAAAAAUGGAAGAAAAUAAUUACAGACCAAGAGAGAGAAAACCAGGAACGCAAGAGAGAAGGGGAUGACAUCUCCCCCCCACGAAGGCAGAGGCAUGAUUCACAGUCACCUUCACCUGAGAGGUUUAACCCAGAAAUUGGAAGGAAGCAUGAUUCUCAUGAAUCACCACUGAGAAGGAGAAGACAUGAUUCAGAUGACUCACCGCAGAGAAGAAGACAUGAUUCAGGCGAGUCUCCACCAAGAAGAAAGAGACAUGAUUCAGAUGCCUUGCCCCCAAGAAAAGUUGGAGAUCCAGAUGCUUCACCUCCUAGGAGAACAAGACAUGAUUCAGACACAUCCCCUCCUAGGAGAACGAGGCAAGACUCGGACGCAUCCCCUCCUAGGAGAACGAGGCAUGAUUCGGAUGAAUCUCCUCCUAGAAAAAGAAAUAUUAAUGCUUCGCCUUCACAUAGAAAAAGGCAUGACUCAGAUGGAUCUCCUCAGAGAGCUGAUUCGGACACAUCACCUCCAAGGAAAAGACCAAAUGUUCCUGUUUCAACAUCACCACCAAGGAGAAAGAGGAAUGACUCUGACUCAUCACCAGUCCGUAGAAAGAGAAAUGAUUCAGAUGCAUCACCACCAAGGAGAAAGAGAAAUGAUUCAGAUGCAUCACCACCAAGGAGAAAGAGAAAUGACUCUGAUUCAUCGCCUCCCCGACGGAAGAGAAAUGACUCUGAUUCAUCGCCUCCCCGACGGAGGGGGAAUGACUCUGACUCUUCCCCACCAAGAAGGAAAGGGGCACCUCAAAAUAGCUUGCCACCUCCGGGUGCUUCCAAGGAGGAGCGCCUUGAGCGCAAGAUGACCACCCAGGAAUACCUGCGGGCCAGGAAAUUUGGGAAGCUGAAAAAGGAUACCCCAGAGGACCUGGCCCGGAAAGAGCGGGAGGCCGUGCUUCAGAAGAAGGCUGAGGUGCAGCACCAGCAGUGGAAACAUGGUGUGAAGCAGGUGCAGGCCUACCAACAGAAGUUGCAAGAUGACCAGCAUGAGAUGGGCAAGGCCUUUGCACGAAUGGCUGAUGAUGUGGACAUGAACACCCAACUCAAGCAGGUCACACGCGAGGAGGACCCUAUGCUGGAUUACAUGAUGAAGAAGCAGGUGAAAGAGACCAAACAGCCCCUGAAGCCCUUGUAUAAAGGCCCUUUCCCUCCAAAUAGAUUUAACAUCAGACCAGGAUACAGAUGGGAUGGUGUUGACCGUUCCAGUGGCUUCGAAAAUCAGUGGUUUGAGAAGCAGAACAACAGGAGAGCAGUUGAGGAGGAUGCCUAUAAAUGGAGUGUUUCUGACAUGUAGACUUGGGGCUUAUGAUCAUCAAAACUCAUAUUUUGGAAUAUUUUAUUUCAAAUCUGAUAGAUCUUCACACUAAUUUCAA